AUUUCAAUGAUGUUCCGUAUGAUGUAAUUAUAUGCUCAAUUAUGCACUUAUAAUGCUUAAAAUACUUCCGUUCAGAUGCUAAUGUUUGCUCGAUGAUUAUUGCUUAACAUAAUUGAACAGCAGAAUUCGUAGGAAUUAGAGUAAUUUACAUUCCUUUUAUCAAAUUGACUUAGAAAGAGAGAAAAUGCGAAAAGAAGGUCAAUAUUGAAAGACCAAGACGCAGGUACACACACGUCUGAUUGUGAAUACGUAGCAAUGUUAAGCACAAUAUAUCAUCGUGGCAAAGUUUACCAUAAAUUAUAACAACGCCUCAACAUGAACUAUGCAAACGCACUCACAAUUUUUUAUCGUGACGCAUAUAUAACCUGCGAUAAAAAAGAGGGCAUAUUUCUUUAUCUUAAAAAAAAAGAGAUAGAGAGAGACCGUUUUACACUCUCAUUUUUUCUGCAUUACUAGCAAAUUUCUUCUAAAGAGACAUAAUCAUUUAAAAUAAAAAAAAGCGAUUUUAUAUACGCGUGUCUCAAAAUUAAAAUAGAAUAGAAUAAUGAUAGAAAAAUUACAAAAUGCAAAAUUAAUUGAGUGCAAAAAUGAUGAUGUCCUAUAACAAGAAUUUUAUAUUAUCCUUGACUGUUAAAAAACGUUCACAAAACGACAUUUUAUUAUUUAUCAUAAGCACUGAAGAAGGUUAAGUGAAACCGAAAUAUUUCAAUUCGUUUUAAUUUAAAUUGACAACAAAAUAAUUUAUACAAGUAAACAUCUUGUGCUCGUCAUUUGGUCGUUUAUCUCCUUAUUUAUUUAUUUAAGUAUUUCAAUUUAUGAACUCCGUACUCAAAAUAAACCACACUAACUAUAUGGCAUUUCAACAUUUACGGAAAGUAGAAACCUACAGAAGGUACAUAGUGUGUACUUCUACAACACAUUACCUGAAACAUUUCUUUAAUAACACAGUCAGAUUAAGUUUCUCGAACAAUCCAACGUUAUUUAAAGCAAAUUUAGUGGCGUGUGACUAAUAUAAUCAGCAGACUUAAUUAUCUCUCACUUCCGUUCGGUGAGCAACGUUCAUAUAAUGUAAAAUGAGCUUUGUUUUUUCUUCGACUGACAAUCCAUUCGCAGGCAACGUAUCGACGUGCAUCGCGAUGUCGCGUGCGUCGACCUUGUUCGAGCGGCGAUACCAAGCCGGUAUCUUGCGUGAAAGUUACUCCGUUAGUAGUCGCGAGUUGUGCGUGUUCGUCCGCGCGUCAAAACGGUGUAGAAAAUGUGGCGAAAUCGUCGUAAGACGAGAGGAAUAAAAAAGUGGGUGCAUGAAGAAAGCACCAUGAAGAGUACACUCAUCGCCGGAUUGGCGGAGCUGAUCGGGACAGGCAUGCUAGUGUUUCUGGGAUGUAUGGGUUGUAUUGCCGGUCUCGACGUCGUGCCUCCUCACCUACAGAUAACGCUAACAUUUGGUUUCGCGGUUAUGGUUGUGAUUCAGUGCAUCGGCCACAUCAGUCAAGCUCACAUUAAUCCAGCCAUCACCGCUGGAGCUGUCAUUCUUGGGAAAAAAACCAUUUCCGAGGCUUUAGUUUACUUUGUGUCGCAGAUAAUAGGUGGCAUUCUGGGAUACGGUAUGCUGAAGAUAGUGACGCCAAAGGAUAAUCUGACGGCCGGCACAGUCAAUCAAACCAAUAUGUUUUGUGUAACCGAUCUACACAGAGACCUGUCCGCGAUUCAGGGCAUGGUCGUCGAGGGCAUCGCGACCGCUAUUCUGAUAUUUGUGGUGUGUUCCGUUUGGGAUGCGAGAAACGAAAAGAAUUCGGACUCGGUGCCGAUUAAAUUCGGCCUUACGGUGGCCGUGUUAGCGACCACGGCCGGGCCCUACACUGGCUGCAGCAUGAACCCCGCGAGGUCAUUCGCACCGGCAAUAUGGAACAACCAGUGGACGCAUCACUGGGUCUAUUGGGUUGGCCCGAUCGGUGGAUCCUUGAUUGCCUCGUUAAUGUACAAAACUAUUUUCGGCGUUCGCGACAAAGUCGAGGAAGAGGAGCCCAUACCCGAAGCUGUCGCGCUUAACAGCGUGGAGAUCCACAAAACGGAGCAAUCCUAAUUUGGCGGCGAGACGGGCACGACCGACGAAGUAAUGGACGGUAAAGGAGGUAAAACUCAAUCUGCGCUUUCUCUCAACGCGAGGAAAACCUACCGGACUUUCGGGGGAUAGGUAAGAUACGUGUUUUAGAAUGCAUGGGCGAUUCAAUAGCGAGUCCAGAUGGCCAGGAUCGCGGGGGAACUCCCGAAGCUCAACCAGGAUAUACUCGCAAUCCCCAGAAUACACGGGAGAGACAACCGUCUCAAUUCGACGGCCGAAUGGUACGCGUUAGUCGUCAACGUAAACCUGACGCAGCAGUCAUCACGUGUACAUAUAUAACGUGUACAUAUGGACAAUCAAACAGCAAGUCACGCCGUUUCUUAGAAACUCUAGAAACGCGAAUCGUUACGAAUCAUCGCCUUCGAUGAUCCGGUUUAAAAAUUGAGUGAAUUAAAAUUUGAAUGCGAUCCAUCAGGUGUUGACAUAUAGCUCGAAUUUCAUCGGGUCUGAGUGUAGCGUAAUGUCUGCCUAUUUAUUUAGGGAUUUAGACCGUCCCAACGAGACUUUUAUGUGAUGCGUGAAAGCAUCUUGACACAGUGCCCUCGUAAUCGCAAACAAAUCAAAUGUCAAUUAAUACAAAAUGCGAAAUUAAUUCCGAGUUAAGCCGUUAUUUUGCUACUUUCUCUCUGUAAGAUAGUGUACAUUCGUUUGCUAUUAAUGUCUCGAAUCAAACUAAGAAGAGCUUAUUGCGUGUAUAUAUACGAUAUGUUAGCGAAUAAAUAAAUUUGAAAAGUGUACCUAGUCAUACGCGCGUGCGCAAUUAACAUUUUAAUUUUUGUUAAAAUCAAUUUGAUAACGAACAUGAAAUAAAAUUAUCUGUAAUAUAAAAACCAGCCUUGCGCCAUAUUUUUGUUCUCUUUGACUCGUACGCCUGCCGCACGGUUCAAUAUAGUUACGUAAUCCAUUUACGUGUUACAAUACUUUUAUGCGAUAUCGCCUGACGAAUCGUUUCCACGUUAUUCGCUCAAUUAGGCAGAGCAGACUAUUUUGUAUUUGCGUUUGUUAGUCGUUUGGUCCGCCGGAAGCGGAAAUGUCGAUCCCCGGGCAGCGAACGGGCCAACCGAUGACUUUUUACGUACCUAUUUUUGUUACAUGGAUACACACACACACACAUUCGUUAUUUCUAUAGUUACGCGUAUAUAUGUAUUCGCCCGGAGCUAUUGCUAUGGCGGGAAAAGCGUUUCGUACUCCGGGAAAAGGAUCCUUUCCUGCUGAUACAGCGGCUUUCGACGGAGCGAUAGUUUCCGUAUUCCAACAAUGCACUAUUUAUGUAUUUUAUCAAGAGACGCACAAAUAUACGUGUAACUAUAA